AUGGAGUCCAGCGACCCAACAAUAAUUGAUCUUAAAUCUUCAUUCCUACGCGCACAAAUCUUCGCACUCUCUCAACCUCUUCAACCAUCUCAAGAAUGGCAAGAUUCUAUAUCGGGAGAAGAGAAUACUUUACGACAACGCGCAAUUGAUGAAGCAUUAUUCAAGCUCAAUACUAUCCUGAAACAACAUAACAAGAUCAGCUACCCUCCGCAGGCACAGCGACAUGUUGCUGAACAGAUCGAUCAAUUAUACUGGGCUGCAGGGGAGAGAGAUGUUAAUGUGAAUGGAGAGGAGUGGAGUGAAAAGGGCGCUGACUAUCGCUUGUCAUCUAACAUUGAGAAAUUACCAGAGGAGUGGAGCGAAGAAGCAGAAACGAAGGCACCUAAGCAAGCUGCGAAAUACAAAGAGCUUCAAAAUAAACUGUUGGUACUAAAUGAGAAGCGAAAAGCCGCAAAGGAGAAACUUGAACAAUGUAAAGCUGCCAAGAAAUUACUAGAACCCUUUGAUCAAGCGGAGAAGAAUAUCCAAGAAAACAUUGUUACCAAAAACGGGGAAAUCGAGAAAGAGUUAGAGAGGAUGAGGAUGUUGAUGUUGAGAGUUGAAAGGGGUAUUGUAGGGUUAGAGGGGAAAGAUAGGGAGGAUCAUAUGGAUGUUGACUUGGAAGAGGAUGAUAGGGAGAAGCUUAGCCUUCCAUAUACCAACUUGAAAGCAUCGGAAGAGUUCUACGCAGCUGUAUUAGAGCCUUUGGGCUAUAAAAUGUACCUUCAAACUCGUAAUAAGACUUUCUUUAGACCAAGCUGGCUGUUUCACCCUGAACUUUCCUUGAGACGUGAUAGAUCCUGUGGGCCAAUUGGAGGUACUCGUAUCAUCAUCCAUGCAUCAUCCAGAUCACAAGUCGACAAAUUUUAUGUUCUCGGUCUAGCCAAAUCUAACAACAUCCAAAGCGGAGAGAUCAACGAUUAUUCACAUGCCUAUACAGCUUAUAUCGUCGACUUUGACGGCAAUGUUAUUGAAGCAAUUUACCUAAAAUCAUGGGUGCCCAAGGCCAUCGUCCCAUUUCCAUUGACCCCGGCAGCAAUUUGUGGCGCGCUUUAUCUGGCAGUUGCUUCUUCUAUCUUCAGAGUACUUGGAGGGUGGUACUAUUUUAUCUUCAACGCAAUAGGGAUGUUGACGAUUGCAGAUCUUGUUUAUGUCCAGCUUGACUCGGAGAGGUCAACACAGAGAUUGAAGAUUCUGGACUGCUGA